GGGAGCCGCGGGGGAUGCGGCCGGGAGGAGGCGGCGGCGGCGGCGGGAGGCAUGGAGCGGGCCUGAGGGGGCCAGGAAGGAGCCCCAGCCCAGGGCCACCCAGGCCAGCCCGGCAGCAGCAUUGAGGGCGGCGCCGUCUCCUGCCUAGAGGCGCCCGCCUUGCCCUCCUCGCCUUCCCCUCCUCCUCCGCCUCCUCCUGCUGCUGCUCCUGCUGCUCCCUCCUCGCGGAGCCGCGACCCGCCGUUGUCCCCAAGACGGAGGAGGAAGGAGGAGGAGGAGGGGAAGGCGACGACGACGACGAGGGAGGCCAGGAGGAGAAGGAGGAAGAGGAGGAGGAGGAGGAGGAGGAGGAGGAAGGCCAGGGGGAAGAUGAAGCUCCUGAAGCCCGCCUGGGUCAACCACAACGGCAAGCCAAUAUUCUCAGUUGACAUUCACCCAGAUGGGACCAAGUUUGCAACGGGAGGGCAAGGAGAGGAUUCUGGGAAAGUUGUGAUAUGGAACAUGGCUCCUGUUGUCCGAGAGGAAGACGAAAAGAAUGAGAAUGUGCCCAAGAUGCUUUGUCAGAUGGACAAUCAUUUAGCAUGCGUAAACUGUGUACGGUGGUCAAAUAAUGGCAUAUAUCUGGCUUCUGGGGGAGAUGACAAGCUAAUCAUGGUUUGGAAGAGAGCAGCGUACAUUGGCCCUAGCACCGUGUUCGGCUCCAGUAGUAAACUUGCAAACGUAGAACAGUGGCGAUGUGUCUCGAUUCUCCGAAGUCAUUCAGGGGAUGUCAUGGAUGUGGCGUGGUCUCCUCAUGAUGCUUGGCUGGCCUCUUGCAGUGUGGAUAACACUGUCGUCAUCUGGAACGCCGUCAAAUUCCCAGAAAUCCUUGCCACGCUGAAGGGUCACUCUGGCUUGGUUAAAGGGCUAACGUGGGACCCGGUCGGGAAAUACAUUGCCUCCCAAGCGGACGACCGGAGCUUGAAAGUGUGGCGGACUAUGGACUGGCAGCUUGAAACCAGCAUCACCAAACCGUUUGAUGAGUGCGGAGGGACGACCCACGUCUUGCGUCUCAGCUGGUCGCCGGAUGGGCACUACCUCGUUUCUGCUCAUGCCAUGAAUAACUCCGGGCCCACAGCACAAAUCAUUGAGAGGGACGGGUGGAAAACCAAUAUGGAUUUUGUAGGGCAUCGCAAAGCGGUGACGGUGGUGAAAUUCAACCCAAAAAUCUUCAAAAAGAAGCAAAAAAAUGGAAGUUCAACAAAGCCUACCUGUCCAUAUUGUUGCUGUGCCGUUGGAAGCAAAGACCGCUCUCUUUCUGUCUGGCUGACAUGUCUGAAAAGGCCUUUGGUGGUCAUUCACGAGCUGUUUGACAAGUCGAUUAUGGACAUCUCAUGGACCUUAAAUGGGCUUGGCAUCUUGGUGUGCUCCAUGGAUGGGUCAGUGGCCUUUUUGGAUUUUUCCCAAGAUGAGCUUGGUGAUCCCCUGAGUGAGGAGGAGAAGAGCAACAUCCAUCAGUCUACCUAUGGUAAAAGCUUGGCCAUAAUGACUGAGGCACAUCUGUCUACUGCUAUUAUUGAGAACCCAGAGAUGCUGAAGUACCAGCAAAGGCAGCAGCAAGUGGAAAAGAAGAAUGAAGCAGCGAGAGAGACCACGGGUUCAACAGCAACAACAGCACCUCCUAAGGUGGCCAGCAUGGUGAAUGGGGAAAGCUUGGAGGACAUUCGGAAGAAUCUCCUAAAGAAGCAAGUUGAGACCCGGACGGCCGAUGGUCGGAGACGGAUCACACCUCUUUGCAUUGCUCAGCUGGACACUGGGGAUUUUUCCACCGCUUUUUUCAAUAGUAUCCCAAUCUCUGGAUCCUUAGCAGGCUCAAUGAUGUCCGCUUCCCAAACAAAUCAGCUCAUGUCCUUAGAUUACAAUGCAACCAAUUCCCUUGGCACCUCUAAGCCGGCCUUAGAACCCACGGCGGUCAGUGUUAAGCCCGCCGAAGACACAGCCAACAAAGAUGGUGUAAAUGCUACCUCGGCUUCAGUUGCUCCUCCUACAUCAUCACCCUCUGUGCUGACGGCUUCAUCCAAGAUCGAGCCAAUGAAAGCAUUUGAUUCGAGAUUUACAGAGCGAUCCAAAGCCACCUCAGGGACUUCUGCUAUCGUGCACACGAAUCAGAUUGCCAUAGACAGACUGAAGGAGCAGAAUUCAAUUAGGGACAAUAAACCCAGGGAUCUCCUAGAGAGCAGCAGCGACAGUGAGGAGAAAGUUCCAGCCAAGCCGAUGUCACUGUCGAAGCGUAAAUUGGAACUUGAAGUAGAGAAGAAGAAGAAAGGCAGGCCUCGGAAGGAUGCGAGGCUCAUGCCGGUCACUCUGACAGUUCAGUCCCCUUCGCUCCUGGCUUCGGAGAAGGAUGGGGCUUGCCACAGUGCGCCGCUGGCGCUUAAGCUGCCAACCCCAGCCCCCCAGAAAUCGUUUGCGCUGCAAAUAAGCUCAGAUCCCUCCAUGUUUAUCGAAGUGGAGAAUGAAAUCACUACAGUGGGGGGUUCGAAACUGAGCAGGUUAAAGUGCAACCGAGAAGGAAAAGAGUGGGAAACAGUGCUCACCAGCCGCAUUCUCACUGCAGCAGGAAGCUGUGAGGUGGUGAGUGUCGCUUGCGAGAAGAGGACCCUCUCGGUCUUUUCGGCUUGUGGCCGCCGCCUGCUGCCCCCCAUCGUCCUCCACUCCCCGAUCUCUACUUUGCACUGCACAGGGUUCUACAUCAUGGCUCUCACGACUACAGCAACCCUCUCUGUCUGGAAUGUUCAGAAACGCUCGGUCGUGGUGAAAGAUGAGUCUCUGCAAACCAUUUUAGCGGGAAGCGAAACCACUGUGUCUCAGAUCUUGUUGACGCAACAUGGCAUCCCGAUUAUGAAUAUGUCGGAUGGGAAAGCAUACUGUUUUAGUCCAUCUCUGUCAUCCUGGAACCUGAUCUCCGACAAGCAGGAGAUGCUAGCGCAGUGUGCGGACUUCAGGAGCAGUUUGCCAUCCCAGGAGGCGAUGCUGUGCUCAGGACCUUUAGCCAUAAUCCAAGGGAAGACGUCGAAUUCCGGAAGGCAAGCGGCCAAGUUGUUCUCCAUGCCUCUCUUGGUCCAGCAGGAAACAACCCUGGCCUACUUGGAGAGCCAGGUGGCAGCUGCCUUGACUUUGCAAUCGAGCCACGAAUACCGCCACUGGCUCCUUAUCUAUGCACGGUAUCUAGUUAAUGAAGGGUUUGAAUACCGCCUGCGGGAAUUAUGCAAAGAUUUAUUGGGGCCGGUCCAUUCCUCCUCUGGAAGUCAGUGGGAAUCAACUGUAGUGGGCUUACGAAAGCGAGACCUGCUCAAGGAGCUUCUUCCGGUCAUUGGCCAAAACCUUCGUUUCCAGCGGCUCUUUACCGAAUAUCAAGAGCAACUAGACAUCUUGAGAGACCAGUAGCAUCAUCUCCAGCGUUUCUCUGGCCCGUGGGGGGAAAACAGUUGCCGAAAAGCAUUCAGACAGAAGCAGAGGGCCAUAGUCAGAGUUGGAUGGGAAGAGGAGGAACACGAACCACCUCCGAAGGUGUUCUAACAAACAAAAUACUGUUCUGUUUUGUUUUGUUUCUUAAGAAGGUCACAAGAGGAAAAUGUGGAAUAAGGGGAUGGAGAGAGCAUGGGGCUUUUUUUCCAAAGGAAAUUUGAGCAUUGCAGUUUCCAGCUGUGGCCUGCAAUGCAAAAUGUCCUUCGGGGAUCCUUUUGAUUCUGGAUCUGGUGAUCAAAAGAGGAGGGCUAUUUGGGAGCCCCUUGGAUUUUGGAGAUAAUAGAAAAAGCACAGACGAUAAGCCGAACAUCACAUUAACCCUCGUUUGGGGGUAUCUUUGCUAAGGAUUUCUUGCAGCUCUGUCAUACAUUUGGGUUACCCGAGGAGAAGUCCUAUAGAAUAAAAUUUCGUCAAAAUGCCUAAGGAAUUAUGCAGCCGACAGACUCAUAACUGUGAAUAACAAUAAACAGGAAGCAGGCUGUUCUGUCACACGGACUAUUUUUGUACUAGAAAUUUGCUAACUUGUAAUAUGAGAAAAAAAAAGAAAUUAUUUGGCCAAUAACCAGAAUUUCGUGCCCACUCCCCCCCCCCCCUUUUACUGAGAUGUCCGAAACUUAACCUGUUUAAUUAUGACAGAUGUGUUGCUGAAUAAUUGUUACAAAAAUUAUGUUCUCUGGUUGUUAAUUUUUAACUAUUUCUAAAAGGCAUUUGUGGGAGGGGGAAUAGUUGAAAAGGGAGGGCUGGGCUUUGGGAAGUUUCUUUUUUUGUAAGUACAAAUAAUAAAUGAACUGCAUUGAUCUAAGAA